ACUCCAGUAUCUGAGUGGUUGGCAAGGCUGUCACCGGUCGGGGAGGCGUGACCGACCGAUUACUGUCGGAGGGGGACAUGGACGGACACAGUCGGACGAUCAUCACAUCUGAAGGUGAAAGAUCCCGCGGAGGGUCCUGCUGCGCUGAGUGUUCCGGAGCUGUCUGAUGUAGGCUAAUAAAGUACGCCUACAGUAGUAGCCUUGAAGAGGAAGAAGAACGCCCACAUGCAUUGGUCUGCUGCAGGAGUCAGAACAGGUCUGGUGUAAUCUGGCCUCCUGUCCCUGGGGCCUUGGUGGCCCAGCCAGGAAGGGCCAGCAUGAAGGAUGUCCUCUGAUUGCCUGGUUAAACCAGACUGAACACGCACUCCCCAGGCUAGUCCUCUCUUCUGAGGUGGCAGGAGUUUACAGGAACUUUUUAACCUGUGUGUCAGAUGUUUGGGGAGUCCUCCAACAAAGUUGCCAGUCUCCUGAAACUAUCCAGCCAGCAACAACAACGGUCCCACCAUCCAUCAGACCAUCCCUCAUGGCAACGAUUGUCAUGGAUAGGAUUGGGCGUCUGUUCAUCAACCUCCAGCAGGUAAGGGCGGUGCCCCAGAUGCUGACAGAGGUCGCCCCCUCCAUGCCCGGCACGCUACGGGACACCGAAGUUCCCGGGUUCUUCAGAGAGCGCUACAUCCACGCCGGCUACCGACCGCUCCACCAGGGCUGGAGGUACUACUUCCUUUCGCUGUUCCAGCGUCACAACGAGACCAUCAACGUGUGGACCCACCUGCUGGGGUCUCUCCUUGUCCUGGUCAAGUUCCUCCAGCUGGCUGAGACGGUAGACUUCAUCCAUGAUGCCCACGCCUGGCCCCUCCUCAUCCUCCUCCUGUCCUCCCUGGCCUACAUGGCCUGCAGCACUGUAGCCCACCUCCUGGCCGCCAAAUCAGAGUUCUACCACUACUGCUUCUUCUUCCUGGAUUAUGUAGGAGUGGCUCAGUAUCAGUAUGGCAGCGCCGUGGCUCACUUCUACUAUGCUGUGGAACCAGAUUACCACCAGUGGGUCUCCUCGGUCUUCAUGCCCACUGCCUCCUUCCUCUGCUGCCUGUCCUGCCUGGGCUGCUGCUAUGGGAAGUAUCGCAACCACAGCCUACGGGUCUGGGUCCGGAAGGUGGGGCAGGUGGUUCCCUCGGCUAUGGCCUAUGCCUGGGAUACUAGCCCGGUGUUCCAUCGCCUCCUCCUCUGGCCCACGUCGCACAGUGAUGACAUCACUGCUGCGGCCAGUGGCGUAGUCGGCGACUCUGCUAUAUCCUUCCAUGGGGGCCAGGUAGCCUUCUUCCUGUCCAGUGCGUUCUUCUUCACCAACCCACUUCCAGAGCGUCUGUUCCCAGGCCACUGUGAUUUCCUGGGGCAGGGCCACCAGCUGUUCCACGUCUUCCUGGUGAUCUGUACCCUCUGUCAGAUCCAGGCCUCUCACCUGGACUACCUGGGCCGACGGCCACUCUACACACAGCUACACGGAGAGAGAGGAGCAGCAGCCACUAUCUAUCUGGUUCAGUAUGGAGCCACGCAGGUGGUCUGUGUCUGUAUAGCAGUCUUCAUGGCGAGGAAAGUAAAACGGUUGCUUGACUGCAGAGACAAGUCCAAAUGAAUUGGCUUGGAGACUAUGUAAGAGGGUAGGAAAGUUAGAAUCACUUCCCAGUGGGCAAAACCGGUUGAAAUGGGUUGACGUUAUUACAGCCAGAACCUUUUGCCCAGUUUUGCCCUCUGAUUUGGUACCAAAGUGAUCAAUGUGGCCUUGGUUGACUCGACACACACUGCCUUCCUUUGUUUUUGAAAUGUACAUUUCUAUGAUAAUAUUAUGUUUCUCUACAGCACCUGUGUCCUUGAGAGAGUGUUGUUUACCUUUUACAUAAUGGAAGUUGAGGAAGCCUAUCACUAGCAUGGUCACAGAUCUGUGACCAUAAGAGUUGGCAAGACUGCACAAACAGAUCUGGAACCAGGCUAGCCUAGCACUGAACAAAGCCUCAAUGAGAUGUAAGAAUAUUGAUAGCUUGCAUAGUACUUUCUAUAUUUGCUAUGAUUGCUCACUGUAAUCCUAGAAUAGAUCUGCUUAGUAGUUCUCUGUAUUUCAAUUGGCAUGGUGGUGUCAAAUGAUGUAUGUAAUGUACAUUAUCGUACACCUGUAAAUUGUUGCGGAGAUUAUGUUCCAUCGCUACAUUUUCCUUUUGAUUGACCAUGAGGGGAAAAGGGAAACGUGUUACCUCUCUUACCAUGGCCUACCACUGCCAGGACACACUCUUCACUCAGCGCUGUGACGUAAACCGGAAUAGAGACAGGCUCUGAUGGGCUCUUUCUGGAAGAUCACCAUGGUGACCUAUAACAAAACAUCAGUUCAGCCAAUGGGAUUGAGUAAAGGUGUGAGGACAACUCCCUUUAUACAUUGCAACACACAUAGCCAAUCCCAAUUGGGUCCCCAUGCCUUCCCCUUUGCCAUAUUAAACCUUAUGUGUUUGCAGAUCUGAAGGGUGAUAGGUAUUAUGUGUAGUGUUGGAGCUUCCACCUGACAGACCUGCAAUCGCAGGGAUAUUGCCAAGGAGAAGGGCUAGGGAGUGUAUUGGGAACGGCUUUGUUCAUGUUUCCAUUACUCUCUGAUUGUGCCAUAGGGUGGUAUCAGUGGAGGCUGCUGAGGGGAGGAGGGCUCAUAAUAAUGGCGGGAGCAAAUGGAAUGGCAUCAAACACAUGGAAACCAUGUUUGAUGUAUCUGAUACCAUUCCACUGAUUCCGCUCCAGCCAUUACCACGAGCCCGUCCUCCCAAUUAAAGUGCCACCAACCUCCUGUGGGAGGUAUAGUUUCCCCCUGACUGAUGCCCAAAAAAUACCUUCACAACAAUGCAGCGACAUGUCAGGAAUCAUAACAAUUUGCAGGGCCUUCACAUUUCAGAACUUUGUUAACUUUAUGGCAUUUGUAGAACAGCAAUAAAAACUACUUGAAGCCCA